CUUGACUUGUUGGUUUAUUGUCGUAAAAGUUCCUCCUGCAAGCAAUGUUAUAAUCACGCUUUGUUCAAGGUUAGUGACUUGCAAUUGGUAUCAGUAGUUUUGUUUGUUUAAAUAUCCUCCUCAAGCUGGCAAAAAAGGGGAUUAAGUACGUGGAAGUAUCACAAAGAGUACAGAAGAAGAAAAGUGGAAUUAUUUCCUCCUUGUGCCAAUGCUAUAAGAUAACAGUGAAAAUAAUUUCAAUUUAGUUGAACAUUCAAUCUUUUUUUAAAUAAAUUUUUUUACAUUAGCUGAAGUCGGUAACAUCAAUAACCUCGUGAACGAUUCCGUGCCUUUUGCGUUUUCUGAGCCAUUUUGUUUGACAUUUGUUGUUGAUUCAAACAGCGGAACUUUACAUUGCGCCUAGCUUUCAAUUAGUAGAUGCAAACUAAGACAAUUUCAACGCACCGUUUAAAAAGCAAAAUGAAGUUGUUUGAAAAAGCUAGAGAUCCUUAUAAUAUGUUUCGAAUGCAACAGAAAUUCUUAUUUAAGAACUAACCUAGAGGUCAAAAAGGGUCCCAUGUUUGUGUUUUUUUGGUGUCAAAUUUCCCGGUUCUUUACCACAUGAAAAUUUGCUGAAUCUUAUUAAUGCAUCGAAAACGAAAAACGGCUUUACAUUAACCAAACUCGUGACAAAACAUACUUUUGACGUAACCUAUGCAUAUUUUCACAACGGUGUCGACUUUAGUCGAGGAAUAUUGCUACUUAGCUGGGUUUAAACGCAAGAAAACAAGCAAUAAACCGAUAGUAUUUUGAGAAUAUUAUUACAGUGAAGAUGCGUUUCCUGGCAGCAGGAUUCUAUGUUGGUCAGUCACCGUUUAGCAGAUAAUCGCACUUCUAUCGCCAGCUUUUGAAAGAAAUGAAUUCAUAGCCUCUCUUUAUGAACGUUCCUUUAUUACGGACAGUUCUCUUGGUUCCAUGUAAAGAUAUCAAACCUCAUACAAUUCCUAUUUCCAUAAUACGGACAACUAUGUAAUGCAGUACGUGGGGUCCCUAGUUUAAUUCCACAAUUUUCAGUGCGGUUUCACUGUGCUAAACUUGGUUGUUUUAUUUACUUUUUGAUCAUUUUGUUUUCUUUUGUUUUUAAAUUUUCUGACUUAGCUUCUCUUUAAUUCAUACUGUGUUAACAUUUUAGCGAGUGGAAAUUCGGUACUCACAGUAGCAGGCAGUUUGCUAAUCAUUGUAAAUUCGGCAUAUAGACAGAAAUUACAACGCUGAAAUCAUAUUUUGGCGGUUAAAUUCUAUAUAUCAAAUUGUAGGUAUGUUUCAAGUAAUUCCUAGAAUGGUUGAACUGUCUUUGGUAAAGAAUCUAAUAAAAGUUAAAAGGUCUGUUUGCAGUAAUACUUUGUUACUCGCUCACCAUGGUAACGAAAGAACGAACUUAAAAAUAUACUGAAAUUAAAAAUAUUUUCCUUGUGCUGUGGUUUAAACAGGUUUUAGGAAUGAAAAAUGUAAGUAUAUCGUAGAUUUAGCCAGACCUGAAAGGUUUUUAAGCGUUUCCUCGCUGGACACAACCAAACACGGCGGUUUUUAGUAAACAGGGGCAUGCCUACAUAAAGGUUCGAAAGAGCAAAUCAGAUUACCGACUAAAAAUUUCUAAACCUCAAUAAAGGAGUAACAUUUCUGAAUAAUCAUUCCACUGGUCUAAGAUAUUCGGAGUUUGGGUUUUCUUUUUUACAAUUUAUCCCCAAGAAGUUGCCAUUACUGUUAGAAUUGAAAAGUGCUCUCCUGCAAACUCCACUAUAAAGACAAAGCGUCCCCUAGCAUCUUGUACUGCAAGAAUGGCUAUUCUGUUUCCUCAAACUUUAGACAGGAACCAUCAGAGCAGCUUACACUUAAAGAGACAAACUGGAUGUAAAACUGUGUCUAUUUUCACUUCUUCAUGUAAUUAUUUUCCAUUCGAAGUUAUGAGAACGCUUAGGUCUUGCGCGCGUUAUAAAAAACCCAUACACAUAACAGUCUUUAAAAGUUUGUAGUAUAUUGUUACAAAAUAAAAUGAAGUUUUGACCGUUCGAGAAUGGAUUUUUAAGGGAGCUUUGUCAUGAGAGUUAAUUCAAACAAUGGGAACCGCCACCAAACUGACUGAAACAUAAAAAUACAGUGGAACCUCUAUUAAGCGGACACCUUCAGGACCUUCUUAAGUGUCCGCUUAAAGGGCAACUCUCGGGAAAAUUACCCCUGUUUUUUAAGUUCUCUAUGGUUUCCUAAUGGCAUGUUAUGUCUCUCUUUGGUGAAAUUUCGGAUAUAUCUGCGAAACUUAUUUUUUUAUAAUUUUUCGAAAACUCGAUUUUUGCCGCCAUUUUGAAAACAUUCGGAUUUCAGGCUAGUCGCGUGAUUUUACGUCACACGUGUGGAACACGGAUUGCCUAGUGAAGAUUAUAAGAGAAAAACGCACCAAAUUUCUCUUGCAAAUAAAGGAGAAAUAGAGCCUCUACUGUCAUAUUAACGUUCAGGAAAAGCAUUUCGAUGAUGGUUCCAAAUUUUAAAUUUACACGGGCAUCAGAUGCGGGUGAUUUAGAUUCUUUGCUGUAUUUUUUUUUGUUAGGAUAUUUUUGAAGUCGCGUGAGACAUUCAUCGACCCGAGGUCAAUAAUUGUAAACAGCUAAGCUCCUAAUCUGCUACGUAUAAUACAAAGAACAUCUUUCCUAUAGCAGAUUUAAAAUUCUGAUACAACCAUUAAUGUUACCUGAUGGGUGUUGAUGCCCUUCAUUCCUCGACAACGACUUAAUUUUUUCCCGAGAAAUACUCGCAUCUUUGAAGAGAACUCCGUCACAGACCGCCGUACCGGCCUGAUUCUAUACCGCCUUUUGUGUUUUCACUUAAGUGUGUUGUUCUCUUGUCUGAAAUCUGCAGGUUCCAUCCAUUUAUCUUUGCUUCUAAACACGCGAAAUAAAACUCACUUCUCGCCGAAAAUUGCGACUUUAUGAUCAUCAUUUUGAAUGUAGUUAUUCGAGAUGUGCUCUCUAGAUUGUAGCGUCAUUCCAUUGCAAAACCUGCACACACGCUAAAAUUACAUGUAAUGGGCCUUUUAAGGAUGGAAAGAAAUGAAAACAGUUCAAAAAAAGUUGAUUAAAAUAGGAUUGCUUCAUUAUCUUUAGUGGUACUUUGUACCCGUCCUACCCGCGAACACUGUAAAACUGCCUUGAUAGCCACAAGUGUCACGCUUCUUUUGCAAUACUUCCCUUUGGGACUUCUCACAAGAAAGGAGAAAAGAAAUUAUUAACCCGUUUUUAAAUCCCCGACGCAGUACUUUUGGAAAAUUCCAAAGAGAAAAAUGCGAUCCAUAACGGGAGUGAAAAAGGAGAAAGAACUAGGCAAGGUUCCUUCAGUAUGAACCUUUUUAUUGAAGGUUAUGGCUCAAGCACCAUAACUGAAGUCUUUGCUGGCUAUUAAGAAAAUUCAAGGGCUUUAAAAAGCUACAUGUUGAACCUGCAACUGAAUACCCCUACACUACUUGCUGCAUCCAAAGAGAGGCCCAACAGAGAUAAGGCAAUGGGUUCUUUCGUUAGCAGAUAAAAUCUUUCCAGCCUUGUCAACUAAAGAAGGACUACAAUACCUUGCAAUGUUUUGAUUCUUUGUAGUUUAGGCUAAGCUAGGUCACUACUGCAAUUAGUGACUUAGAUGACCAUGCACUGUAUGGUCCACUUAAACUGUGACCGGUUUUCUUUGUUAUUAUUGCCUUAUCAAUUAAAAUAUGCAAGAUGGAAACAAUCCAUUUGUGAAUUCUAAUUUAAAAAUGAGGAUUUCCCAUUAUAACCUAAAGAUAUACAGCAAUGAACAAUGAAAUACCAUUUUACUAUUAAGAUAUAAAGUUUCAACUUGUACAUUAUUUCCCAGUUAACAAUCACACCUGCUGGAAAAAAAAGGGUGACAUCAGUAUUAGUCAAACAAUAAUCCGCAAUUAUUAUUCAGAAGCUGUGAGCAAAUAGUCGAGAAGAAUUAUGUAUUUCCCACACACUGACACCAUUGGACUUUAAAAGAUCAUGUAGUCUUAUAGAUUUUUUAGUUCCAACAAUUAUUGUUGACAUUGUUUGCUGGGUAGAAAUCAUUUUAAUGGCAACAAAGUUGCUCCAGGGUUCUCAGUAGAAGGCGGCACCCGGCGAUUGAUCGCCGCUUACUUUGGGAUUUAUAGCCGCUUACUUUGUGUUUAAGUCGCUUUUCUUUGCUUUGUUUUGUUCUUCUUCAAGUUUGCUUGAGUUGUUUCCGAAUCGCUCUUUCGUUUCUUGCACGACUGUGAUCCAAACAAAACCGGAUCGAUGAACGCCAUUUUACUAGACUCCAGGCCUUCACGGUGGAACAUUGUAACAAGUCCGUAUGUUCCAAAAUGGCGGCCAAGCGUCGCCACGUGGUGCAGAAAGAACUUACUAGUUUCUUUGGCUUCCCGCAAAGCGCAUCGAAGAAAGCUAAAGGUAAGUUUAAAAUUUUACUGUGCCUUGAUAUUGAAAUAUUAAUUUUAAUUCCUUAAGUGCCAGGACAAAUUUUUUAUCACUCUGAAAGCCGACGUAUAUGAUAAGCCGUCAAGGCCUUACAACAUCAUGUACUAUUAAUAAAGUUUUUCAGUUUUUUCAUCACUGUCAUUAUAGUUGUUUUUAUUUCCUGGAACAAGCCUUACAGCAUUUUAUUUUUCAGGCAUAGAACCUGAGCCCCCACCAACCCCAACAAAUGUUGAAGAAUGUGGUGAGCCUUCAAGUAUUUACAGUUCUUCUUGUGCUGCUGGUUCCCCAAGCAUGGAAAGUUCUUCCUCAAGCAUUUCUCGACCUCUUUCAAGCAGUGCCAGUGGUUGUUCUUUACCAAACCCAGUUUUAUCCAAGCCUGUUAUAGAACCAUGUGAGAUGAGAAAGUUAAUCUCUGAUACGUUUGACUUUGUUGAUGACAUUUCUUGUGCACAUCACUCAUAUUAUCACUGCCUUGAGCAAAAUUGUCAAAGUGUUAGCAAUUCAGAUGCAAGUUUAUUUCAUGGAAAGAAAGAUAAAUUCCAGCACAAAUGGCUCUCUGAUAAAGAGCUCACAUACUGCCACCAGACUGGAUUUUUUUGGCUUUUAUAUGCUGAAGGCAAGGGAAUGUACUGCAUUCUCUGCUCCAAGCACAAAACAAGAAAUAAACAAAACCAGGCUGAUAUCUUUACCGGGAAACCUGGAACGAGAUAUAAGAAAUCUGCAUUAAAAUCACAUGCUGACUCUGAUCGUCACAAGGCAGCCAUUGAAGCAGAGCUACUGCAGAAAAAUUCUCAGUUUGCUAAGGACGUGGCAGAUAGAGCUGCUAAGGGAGACAAGACUAUGUUCUCUGCUUUUAUGUCAGCAUAUUGGCUGGCAAAACAUGAAGUGGCCAACUCCAAACUUUUGUCCCUUCUUAAACUUCUUGAAACAUCUGGAGUAGAGCAUAUGAAAUAUUUUUCAUACAAAGGUGAGGAAACACUUCGUGAUAUUUUUCUAACAAUUGGUGAAGUAAUCCAAGAUACAAUCAUAUAGCAAGCAACUCAAGCUGGAUGCUAUGGUAUUUUAAUGGAUGAAGUAAGUGAUAUUUCAGUUCUGGAAUUAUUAGUAACUUUCAUACAGUAUGUUCAUGACGGGGAAGUGAAAACAAAUUUCCUUUUUGUUGAAGACCUCCUCAAGGCCUCCAGCUCAGCUGAUGCAAACACUAUCUAUACAGUUGCCACAACAAAGCUUUUGUCUCUCAAACUUGAGCUGAAUAAACUGGCAUCAAUUGUUACUGAUGGAGCAAGUGUGAUGACGGGCCAUAAAUCAGGUGUUGCUGCACUUUUAAAGGAAAGAGUUAACAAGUCCCUCAUCAAUGUUCAUUGCUUAGCUCACCGUCUUGCUCUUUCAUGUACAGAUACUGCAAAGGAUAUAAAGUAUAUCACUACAGUUCAAAAUUGGAUGAAGCAACUGUGGAAAUACUUUGAGAACUCUCCCAAAAGAACAGAACUUUACCUAAAAGUUCAAAUUGAAGUGAAGAAAUUGAGUGUGUCAGACAAGGUUAGCAAGAAAGCUCAUAAGAAAUUGAAGAAAGCUUGCCCAACGAGAUGGCUUUCCUUUGAUGCUUCAACACAAGCAGUGUAUGCUGAUUAUGUAGCUAUUCUCAUUACUCUCUCAGAGUUAUCAGCAAGUGAUGCUACUGCUAAAGGUCUUCUACAUGAAAUAAGAACAACCAAAUUCUUGCCAACAGUGUACAUUUUGAAAGAAGUUCUCCCAGAGCUCUCAAAAUUGAGUAAAACUUUUCAGUACAGCAAUACCAAUUUCUCAACCGUGCAAUCAUCUGUUGACUACACAAUUGACAGGUUGAAGAAAAUUAAGAAGGAGAUGACUCCACUCAAGAAUGUUAAAGCUGAUUUGGAUCCUGUUAAUGGAAGACUUCAACUCAUCUCUGCUGUGCAACAGGACACAAGUAACCAACCAAAUACUUGUGACGAUUCAGCUAAGCCAUCAUUGAUACAGAAGUUGUCAGAGCUUAGACCACUAGAAAUGAACCAGGGAACAGAGAAGCAGCUGUCCGACCUGUUAUCCAAGUACAUCACAUGUUUAGUAUCCAACAUCAAUGACAGAUUUCAGGAAUCCUUGCCUGUUGUGAGUGCAUUUCAAGUCUUUGAUCCAUUGCUAGUUCCAGAUGUUGGAGGUGUCGGUUUUUCUGACUAUGGUGAGAUUGAUGUGAAAACAAUGGCAGACCACUUUUAUUCAGAAUCUGCUGUGAAGGCUACCCAGUUGAAAGACGAGUGGAGAAAAUUCAAAUAUGAUCUUGCAAACUGGAAGAAGAAAGUCCCAGAGGAACUCAAGCCCAAGAAGAAGACAGCUCAUGCACAAUCAACAUCUUGUACAGAAGGGACAACUGCCACCUCAGGAAUGCAGCAGCAGAAAGAGCAGGCUAAGAAAAAGCCAGAAGUUAAGAAGAGACAGCAAUCGUCAACAGAGUGGUGUAUGCAAAGGCUGAUUACCUUGAAACAAGGACUUCGGUUUGAAUUACUACCACAGAUCGCAGAAAUUGCAAGUUCUUUGCCUAUGUCAAAUGUCUGGCCAGAGAGAGGGGCAAGCUGUUUAAAGAGGUUGAAGACAAGGCUCAGAAGCCGAAUAAAUGUUGACAUGCUUAAUACUUUGAUGCUAAUCUCAAUCAAUGGCCCUGGCCUUUAUUCUCCUGAAUGUAAUGAAUUGAUUGAAUCAGCUGUUCUUCUGUGGAAUAACAAGAAAAACAGAAGGAAACUCCCUCCUAAAGUUCCUGUUGAUACAGAAUCAACUGUUUUUGUGGCAGUUCCACAUUCAGUUGAUUCAGCUUGUCAGACAGAAGCUUGUGAGACAGAGAGUACUCAGGAGGAUUCUUUUCUCAAUCAACAAUCCAUUUCUGAUGAAAGUGAUGUUAUAUUGGCAUUGGGUCUAUCUCGGGAAGAGAGUGAAUGUGAUUCUGACUUUUAUUCCGACUCGGAGUUUGACUAACUUCAAUUUCAAAAUAGAACAUGCAAACAUCAGCAAAGGUAAGGCUAGUAACUUUAUUGUACUUCUCAGCUUCAGAUAACGCUUUAUACACUAACAGGUAUAGGCAUGCAUUCUAGGAAUAUUCCGGACCGGGACCUUAGAUGGUUUGCUUUGACACCUCUGGCUUUGAUGAAGAGCCUCCUACUUUAUCAGUGAUCACCUCCUACUUAAAAAUCUAUUGAGAACCCUGUUGCUCUAGCCCAGUCUUCCAGUGGUGAAAAAUUGCAUCAUAUUUUAUAUACAGUAGGGUUAUUUGCAAUACAUGGUAUAUUUAUUCAUCUGGGCCCAGUUGUUCGAAGGCCGGUUAGCGCUUAACCCGGAGUUAAAUUUAACCCUGGUUUCUUUUUCUGGUGUUCAAAAGCAUUUUCUCAGAUAAUUUUCUCUCUUAUUUUUAGAGCUUCCAAUCAUCAACUUGUGGACAAAAAGAAUUAAAACUGAAUUGCCUUUUAAGCUUUCAGAUCUUAAUUCAAAUCUCGCACUAACCCUGGGUUAUCUUAACCCAGCUUUGAACAACUCGGCCCUGCACAAUGGAAUCCUGUGAACUCCAUCUCAUCCUCCAACCUUUCAGGCUCCUGGAAAUGAGGUCUUAUGCACUUAACUGCACAGGAAUCAAGGACGGUAAUGUCACUCCUGUGUCCCUGCCAAGGGAGCCCCAGUAUCACCUUACCAAUUGCCUGUAGGCAAUGUACCUGCUUUUUUUAUGAUCUGAUUCUUCAUAUGCUGAGGCACCAUGCUGCUGCUUGUAUUGCCAUGCAGCUCGUAACACCCAGUAAUUCAGGCAAACUGCCUGGAAUCCUGCGUGUUCCACUAUGCUCCUCUAGGAGGCUCCUCCAUAUUUUUAACUUCAACUGCCUCCAAAUAUUUACGUUUUACAACAGCCACCUCUUGGAAGCAGAUAUUUUCCCCCCAUCCAAUAGUAGUUAUUUUCUUUAGUCAUAAAUAUUGAACGUCGGUUAAUGGAGGGCAACAGACAGGUGUUGAAUAUUGACCUUUUCAUUCUGCACCCAGAAAAUUAUCAAACUGCCAUAAGUCAAGACAGAGAAUAUUAUUUCAAUUUUGAGCUUAUUCACUCUUUAACGUUUAUGGCUUCAUCAUACUAUCUCCUGCCCAUAACCACAAAAUAGUUUCAAAUAAGUACACGUUUUCAGUACUGGAUGUAUUAUAAUAGAAGUUCCUGCAGUUAUAUCUCAUCAAAUGCAAUAUUAUUGUAGUUAACAUAACCAUUGUUGUGCUCCAGACAAAAACUUAAGUGAAUACGACAUGUCCCAACCUCGAAAAUCAUAUACUGGGGAGCAGAAACGUUUUAUGCAAGCAGUUAGUUCACAUGGGUAUGGAGGUGUAUCUCAUCCCAACUUUAAAUUGUCUUAAUAAUAACAUCAGGAUACACAGAAGCUAGAAUAAUAACUUCUGAACCAAAUUCAUUGACAGAGCAAGACACAGUAAAAGUAAGUGAACGACUUGUAGGAAAACAACUGACUGUACAGAGCCUUUCAGUUAUUAUGUAUAACAAUCUGUAUAACAACAAAAGAGACAAAUUUUAAAGUGCAAGCACUCCACGAGUCGAGCAUGAGCGGCUGUCAAGGGGCAAAGAUAUGGAAAUUUAUUUGCGUUGCAGUCAACGAAUUACGAGAGCGUAGUUAUUGUUUCCGAUAUAAAUCACUGCUUUUUGUAAAACCAGGAUUAAAGCAGAAAUUAAAAAAAAAACUACACUGAGACAACUUGCCCAGAUUAUCAUUUCCAGUAGUCGUUAGAAGGGGAAGGUCCGCUUUCGACUACUUGUACAUUUGAAAACAAUGAUCUAAAAUUAUAAACGCUGCGUGUUUAAUUAGUCCUUUUCCUUUUACAAUUUGAAGCAUUCAUAGCAUUGAUGAAAUCAAGCGAUUUACGGAUCGCUCUGUACACAAGAAUUGUUCAAAACCAUCUAGGCACUCACCAUUCUUCACUAUCGAGAUCGCAGCGGGCGAGUGGUAGGCUCGAUGUUUUCUGGCGACGCACGAACUUCAUCAGCUUCGGACGAUCUUCCAGGCGGCUCAAAACGCCACGCCGGGGUUGAAUUUCCGUGAAGGGCUGCCCUAUACUUCGCAUUCUAAAAGUUUUUCUACAACCGAAUAAUCGGACAAAGAGGUAGCGCUAUCACUUGAAGAACUACAGUGAGCCAUAUUCGAGAUCAUCUGUUGUUCCACACCUGUGACGUCACGUCACGUGAUAGGAAAAAACGAAGCGUUAAUGGCGGAAGUUCGAGUAAGCGGCAAAUUUAACCCUUUGAAUCUCGAUUUCUGAGCCAAAUAGAUCGCUGAAGAUAUCUUUCUUGAUGGUAUUACAAUGAGAAAAACAUUUGCAAGGUUUUUCUGAAAAAUGUCCUACGCGAGAGUUGCCCUUUAAUAGACGGUGUCCGCUUAAUAAGGGUUGUAAAAAUUGCGCAAUCGUUGUUAACCAUUCAACUGUUACUCUGUACUGUGAUAAAGUUGCAUGUUGUUAAAGAAGAGAAAUCCAGAGUUCAAGUUCAUUGCCUUUUAUUACCAACUUUAAUUUGUUUGUAAAUGCAAAAACAUUAACUGGCUUCAGUCAAAGUGAGUUGUAUCACGUCAGUUGAUGAUAUUAUAUUCUGGUUAUUGAUCUGAUUGGUCAAUUGCGUCGCGACGUUAUUGGUCGUCUGUCGGUUAAGCCGUGAUGUUAUUGGCUAUGAAGACUCGUAAUCAGUAAUUGGUGCGUUUCGAUCCGUCUAUUGUCACAGUUAUGCAGUCGUCUAUUGUUAGUCAAAUUGUCAGUUCUCCAGUCGCUUUCUUGUAGUUAGUUUUGCUUGAUCUCGUCAAUAAGUCGUUUGUACGGCGCUGGUAACAGAUUCAGUGGUGUUUGUUCUAAGUUAGUAAACCAGCUUUCUAAAGUAAGACGUUGAUAGUAGUCUGUAGAAUACGUUAUACAUGUCGCAAAGUCCCAGUCAAUUUCUUUAAAGACCAUCAACUGACGUGAUACAACUCACUUUGACUCUGAAGAUGACUACCGCACAGGUUGUCGAAACGUCAGUCACUGUCAACAACAACAGUCCUAUUCAGGACUACGUUCAGCCGGACGAUCAAACUCAACCUACUUUUGAAAUGACUCCUGGGUUCAAACCUUUCACACUUAUUAAAUUGCCUGAAAGGUGAAUGGGAUGUCCAGUUGCUAAGGUACACCCUUACGAUGAAACCGAGCGAAAAAGGCGACAUAGCCCGGUCACACGAUCAACCUGAACCUGUUUGUUGUUUGUAAGCUCCAGGCGCUACCUCCACGUGGAGGACACUUUCUAGCGUCAGAGAAUAUCCAUAUAGUUUUCCUUCGAGCACACCGGAUACAGGAAACUCAUCAACUGUAGCAGAAUGACAUUCCUAAACGGCCACAAAGAAAGAGUUUUGGAUUUCUCACAGGCUUUCCUCUCAAAGGAAAGACUAUGCCUGAAACACUUACCUGUAAUAAGUGGUAAUCCUUGGGCGUGGCCAAACUGGUAUGGAAUGUUCAAAGCUUAAGUACAUGACCAACAGCUUUCAAGAACAGAGAAAUGGUCUACCUUAAAGCAUAAGUUAAGGAAACUGCCAAAAAGGUCAUAGCAGGAAUGUUUCUUGAUGGUACAUUCGUAAGAAAAGGCCAUUACAGAGUUGACUCUACUGGAAACCCCACCCAUAUUUCAAAGUCACUAAUUAAUGAGUUUCUUAAGAUAUCAGCAUUUCAUGAUAAAAAUUCUUUAAGUUUGAGAUAGUUUUUUAGAAACUUGCACAAUAUUGUGAGAACAUUGAAGACCUAUGAUCAUGAAGUAGAUUUGCGAUCAGCAGCUAAUAUGGAACAGAUUGUUACAACACUCGCUAUUGCUAUAAGGUGAAGCCGGCGAAAGUUAAACGAAAGGUAGAGCUUCAGACAAAGGAAGUUGACGUUAACGAAGCAGGUGAGUGGCUGGAAACAGUGGCUCAAGUCCAAGAGAUAGCGCUUGGUCGUGCAAGUACUAAAGAGAAUCCUGAACAAGAGAAACCCUAAGUCAAAUUAUACCCCCAAAAAGUGGUUUCAGAACAAGAAGGAUGCGCGGAAUUAAAUUUAUGCAAAUUCACGAGCUAAAAAAAACGUUUUUAGUGCAAAGAAGAAAAUAAACUGACAUCGUGUAAAACUUACAAGGAAUGAACUCUGAAUGAAGGAUGGGAAUUAGGGAAGAAGUUGGUUUUGUGUUUUUGGUGCCUCUAAGGUGGACAUCGAGAUGAAGGGUGCUCAUUAAAAGAAACGUCGAGUGGAGGGGUGUGUCCCACCCACAACUUCAUGCAGCCAUAGAGCCACCUCAGUUGAACCUGUCGGCUAAGACAUUACAUCCCUAGCAAGGAGUUACAGGAUAGACUUCAGCAACUGGGGCACCAACGUAUCACUUGAACUGUAGAGUGAAGUCUACCACACCCUGCAGAUGAAAAUGGUAAUUUUGGAGGGGAAAAACGGGAUAAAGAUCAAAGCAAACGGCUUGGUUCUGGGUCUUCUACCUCAAGGAGGAGAUCGCUGAUAUAUUGGGUUUGAACGCUGAGUGUAGACCACUACGGUUUGUUGUUUCAGAGUGACGUCGAUUGUGACGGAUAGCAAAAACUGUAAAUGUUCGCCCAGAGAGUAGAUAGGAGCGUUAAAAAGCACGUAUUUCUGUGGUGGACAACCCCAAAAUGUGUGAAAUGACAGCAGUUGAUUGGUACCCCAAUGCAAGAAAACUAGAUCAUCUUCGCAUUGUGUAGAUCAUAAAGCCUGUUGAACACGGAGAAGUUAAGUUACUGACUGGAACUAAUCAUUAUAAGGAACUCCUUCUACCCCUUAAACAUCACAUAGUAAACCGGUUGAGCCUGUAGGGGCAAACAUACCACUCGGAUGAUUAAUCAGUUGGACAUGUGUCGUCGGAAGUAGCAAACGAAUGCCAUGUUGCUAUCCAUGUCUACACAUUCCCUGCACCUUUUACUCCGAAAAUGAAGGUCAGUGAGCUGAUGCGGAUGAUUUAGGAUGAAGAGGUGGUGGGAAUCACUGAUCGAAACAAGCCUUUGACAGCAGGAGAGGUGCCUGCUGCCCGCAAAGUUGACAGAAUCAAGGCGUUAUAUGCUGAGGGGCGCUGUUAAGUGGCUAUUCCAUGGAAGGACAGUAAACCGCCGUUAUACUGCAACAGACAGAUUUUACUUGAUGCGAUGGCCGGACGUUGCUGAGAAAUACUGGAGGUGAUGGAAGCAAAUGAAUCCAAAGGUUACAUCAGGACGCUGGAGGCAGGAGAAAUUGAUGAUGGCCUAAUUGAAAGUUGGGUACCUACCUUAUUUUUCUGUAAUGAGAGAAGACAAAGAGACUACCAAAAGGGAGGAUAGUUUUCGAUUCAGCAACCAGAUAUGGCAGAAUAAGCCUUGAUGAUACCAUGUUGCCUGGACCUUAACUGCAACAGGACGUUUUUGAUGUUUUUGACGUUUCGCAAUGAUCCUGUAGCCCUGGUAGCAGAUCUGACGGAAAUGUUCUCACAAGUCACCACUGCAAAGGAAUACAGACUGUACUACCGCUUCCUGUGGAGAGGGUUAGUCCCCUCGAGACCUCUGAAAGUCUAUAAAGCAAUAAGAUUGACGUUUGGCGACCGCGCCUCACUUUACCUUACCCAGUACGUUGUUCGGAAACGUGCAGAAGAUAACCGAAAUGACUACCCGCUCGUAGUAGCCAUGGUCCCUGACAAAUGUGCGUGGAUGACAUAAUGACUUCCUUGGAGACUAAAGAUGAAGCUCGAGACCAGCUUAGAGAGCUGCUCGGAAAGGCAGGCUUUAAAAUACGGCGUUGACUUUGGAGGUUUAUAUGGGGAAGAAGCACACUGUAUUAAAAUGGAGCAAGCUAGACGUCGAUGAAUUUAAAUUAAAGCAGGAAUUUUUGCAGGGUUGUCAGGACCUCAAUCCCUCCCUAGUAAUAAAGCAUACAAAACAAACACCAGGCUAUAAGCGAAGAGUGGCUAAUAAACAUAAAGAACAUGAACACCGUAAGCUUGUUGUUUACUGAACUCGUGUUGUGGUCUUUGAACUAUUGUUUCUUCUCUGAACCACACUGAAAAUUUCACUAUUGUGUCUUCGUUGAACUGCGCUGAAAUCAUUGUUGACCUCACACUCAAGAAAGAUUGCUAAUAUUAUUAGACGAGGAGAAAUAUACAUGUUGUUAUUGAUUUGUGUGUCUCUACUGAACCCAAGUUGCGGUCACUUAACUGUUUGUUUUUACUAUACUAUACACACAAUAGCAAGACUAAUUUGAAUUCUGCAGAAGAUGCGACUCGAGAGCCACACGCAAAGGUCCUGACAAUUGAUUGUCACUGGAUCAUUGCACCUGAGUUCCUGUAUGAGCAUGAAGAUGACUGGCCUCAAGGAAAAUGUAUAGUUUAUAAGGAGCGUUCAGAAUAGUGUCUAGCUUAGAUUGUCACCCCAAAGAUGACCUUUAUGUUAGCGGUUUUACUGCCAUUGGUUGAUACACUGAAGUACGCUUGUUGGAACCGACUUUAAAAAAGUUAAAGUGAACAGUGGGUGAAACAAGCACAACAGUACGUGGGAAAGAUUUCCUGAAGAUACGAUAAAUUUGAUUGCAGGUAAAAAAGUCAGAUGGCAGAGCCACUUGAAACUUCUGACUCUGUCUUUGUCCACCUGUUGUUAAAUUGUAUUGAGAAUCACUCGACCAAUAAAUGAAUUUGCACUAAAUUUGUUGAUAGCAAAUAAGUCGCAAAAACCCGCAAACAUAGGAGUAAUUUGGCCCGUUGGAAUUUUUUAUUGUUUUCAUGCUCAGGAAAAGUUAAAAAAAUAUUCCCGGGGCAAAUACAACAGCUGUUCUCGUAUACUGCAAAUCAGUCCACUUGAGGCGACCACUAUCUUUACUAUGUUUUUUCUAUUGCAGAUGUCAAUGCAAGGAAGAAUUUUGCUUGUAUUAAUUUUGGUGUCAGUGUGGACAGUUACAGGCAAGUAAAAUUAUGAUUGCUUUGUAUUGUCAUCUUUUACGGUUUUUUCUUUUCUCUGUUAUGUAUUAACAAACCACCUAGAGGUGUAGCACAAAACAAUUCAAAAGCAAAGUAUGGGCAAACACAUUUUUAGUGUAAAUGAUAAUAAAUAUGCAAGAAUUAAUUUUUCGCUGAGAAGCAAAAUGUUGAGGUUAACUUGAAACGUUCUAAGGCAAUCGAAAUGCUGAAAUUGUUGUUAUAAAUUAUUUAUUAAAACAUCACUCCAUGUCUGCUUAUAUCCUUGUAUAUUAAUGCAUCCUUCCUUUUUGAACAGGUUAUUGUAAUUUAACGAAUGAAAGAACAGGCCACUGAGAUAAAACAGGGGGUCAUCAUAACGAAUAAUAACCUACUGUUCCAUUUCAAUGGCCACAAUAAUAAGCUGCUGGUUCUAAAACAAUGGAAAGGUGCAUUCAAUCGGAUAAUGCCCUGGCUCUUCAGCCUUCUGCGGCUGCUUUGUAAGAAGGCCUCGGGCUCAAGUAUUAUCCUGUAUAUAUUACAAUGCAUCUUUACAUAAUGUAUUACUAACCUGUUUUUACUGUUUUCUUCAAAAUUUGUAAGAUAAUCUAGGACGGUUUACCCUGUCCAUUCAUAUAGCUCCGUUACUAAAUCUCACGGCUUUCCUUACUCGCGUAACUUUCAGAACCUCGCCUUAAACCAAACAAGCUUCUUGAUUAAGCACUAUAUUUUUUAUCAAAAAUGUUCUUAAUUAUUAAAAUAAGAGUCUUUUAUUAGAGUCUGUUAAUUUCCCGUAUUCUGAAAACGUAAAACCGACAAAAAUUUGCAUUCAGCUACAGUGAAUCCAUAUUUUGUGCCAUUCGGCUCAGAAGUUGCAUUUGACUCUUUGCAGCUGAGUUUUAAUGUUCCUCAACCAAUCUCCUUACCAAUGGCGGUGUGUACAGUUACUUUUUAUAGAACUAACACUCAGACAAACAAAUGAGUCUUAAGUCAUUAAAAUAUAAUAUUUGUCUGACUCUCACAAAAAGGAAACAAGUGAAACAAACAUUGCAAACAUCAUUUGUCUUUCUGUAACAGACCCAGUGAAACCCUAUCUAGUGACGAAUAGUUCGUUUCUACCCGAAUAAUUUUUUGCCCCCCCCCCCUCCCCCACCACUUUCUAUUGUGGCUUCUACAAAAUCAGUGUAUUUUGUUAUUCAUAUUUGUUUAAAAGAAGCAAAACUAUAAAACAUAAUUACGAUUGACAAAAAAAAAAGGGUUUUCAAAGGUUUCAUACCGGUAAAGAUGUAGGGCCUGUCACCCCUUUUAGGUUUUACGAGAGAUACAAAACUAAGAAGAAAACCGCAGUGGAAAAUAAACCAGCCCGGUGACGUUUUCUACGGUAAACCGGUGAAAAUAUGGAUUUUACUGGGUAUGUUAAAAAGGGUGUUCAUGAUCAUCAGAUAUGAUAGCGAUCAUAAUAAUCCGGCUUCUCAGUAGUGCUAUGGAACUGAAGAGAAUUCUUAUCAGUUAUAACGUGUUAAGCGUUAAAAGUUAGCCUGUCAAGAGAGUAAAGUUUGUGAGUUUUUGUUUUAAAUAUUGAUUUUCGCACUUCUAUUUCCAGUUGUCAACUCUGAAGCAUGUUCCUUUUCUCUUAACGGAUCCAGUGGGUUCAUCAGCGUUAGCAGUGCAACCAAAAAAUUCACGCAUUGUACGUGGAUCAUCACAGUACCAUCCAACCACACCGUCAAAGUGAUAUUUCGUCUAUCUGGAUAUUAUUCCUGGGAUCAACCCAAGAUCCAAGUCUAUGACGGAAAAAGGAAAAAUGAUACCGUACUGGGAGUUUUUACUGGAAUAAGACAGCCCUUCCUCAUAAAAACAAGUGGUCGAUUCAUGAUGUUGACUUUAAAAAAGAAGUAUUGGUUUACCCCCUGUAUCUUUGAAGGAACGUAUUACACGAGAAAAGGUAAGCGAUAGUAAGUUAUCAAAACGACAAAAUAAGAACUCAAUAAGAAUGCUAGUUAGCUCAUCAUUAAAAUGGACCGCGGGUCGCGGAUUGUAUGUCGCCGGUGCGGGUUUGAUGUCGCGGAUGCGGGUCGAAGGUCGGGGGGCGGGUUUCGAUGUCGCGGGUGCAAAAUGAGUUUGCGUGAAAUUCACGUUAGAGUUCGAGGUAAAUGACUAAAAACGAUUAUAACAAACCGGGCUCGGUUGCCCAGAAACAUAAAUUGAUCCAUAAUAUAGAGUAACAACUCCUCUAAGUCACUAAAAAGAAUCCUCCCUUUGAGGGAGGGUCUAGGUGGUUGAUAAAAAAUUUCACAACUGAAAUGAAAUAACUCCCCCAUCAAACUUAAAGACUUAUAACGUUUACAGCAAAAAAAGAUCGUUUUUAUGCACAAGCUCCUCGGUAGCAACCAACAGCCAAUUCACAGGUUACGAAUGUCAGAGUCAAUAUUAUCGUCUAAAGGAAAGAGCUAAAAGAAAAAUCGGGCCGAAUUAUGUUUCUUUCUUAUCGUAUAUCGGGCCCCGACGAAUAGUUACCUACUGCUCCAUUUCAGUGACCCAAGUAAGAAGAUGCUGGGUACGUUUUUACCCAUGAACUCACCUGUCAAUACUUUGACCAAUCUGAGACUAGAUUGGUUCUAGAGCGUGAACAAACGCGUGACCAAGCUAAAAGAACAUCUUUUAAACUUUUUUUGGUCGUAAGUUGCACAAACGAAAUCCAAGAUCUUUAUUGGAAUAUUCUCUCACCGAUAGGUUUCAAUAUUUCAUAGCGAUGGAGGCUCCACCACACGUGCAUGCUGAGGCUCCGCUAAAAACUCUUGGGUUUCGUUAAGCGAGGUGUUCUACAAGACAAAGAGUAUUCGCUGAAAUUUUUGAAGUAUUUUUGAAGUAGGUUUAAGCAACUCUAAUUUUGCUUGCAACCUGAUAACUUGAAAUCGGAAUAUCUUAGAAACCUGCCAAAUUGACUUUUUCAGAAAAGCCGAGGAUAAGGUUACCGUUGGCGGAGUUGCGAACUGUGCCAAACCAUUAUAUCUGGUUUCUGCUGGAAGGUACCCCUCUGAUUAACGUGACCCUAGUGAAUACAUCAACUUCUUUGGAGGGCGGUUUCAACAUAAAAGGAUUUCAAGUAAAGCAGACGGCCGGUACCUACAAGUACACUCUACUAGCAGAAAACGAUAAAGGAAAUGACUCAAAAACGGUUGAAGUAAUCGUUGUGGGUAAGGAUUCAACGUUUUAG